UCCAGGUGAGCAGUCGCUGGUCGUCGGGGCGGCCGGCCGGCGCGGCGGCUCCAGGGCCCAGCAUGCGCGGGGGACCCUGCGGUCACCAUGUACGUGGGCUAUGUGCUGGACAAGGACUCCCCCGUGUACCCGGGCCCCGCCAGACCCUCCGGCCUCGGCCUGGGCCCUCCUGCCUACGCUCCCCCAGGCCCAGCGCCCGCACCCCCGCAGUACCCCGACUUCGCGGGUUACACGCACGUGGAGCCGGCGCCCGCGCCCCCUCCGACCUGGGGGCCCUUCCCCGCGCCCAAGGACGACUGGGCAGCUGCCUAUGGUCCGGGCCCCGCGGCCCCAGCUGCCAGUCCGGCCCCGCUGGCCUUCGGGCCCCCUCCGGACUUUAGCCCGGUGCCCGCGCCGCCGGGGCCUGGUCCCAGUAUCCUGGCGCAGUCCCUCGGAGGCCCGGGGCCACCGUCCUCGCCAGGAUCGCAAAGGAGGACACCCUACGAAUGGAUGCGGCGCAGCGUGGCUGCUGCAGGCGGCGGUAGCAGCGGUCUCUGUUUUAUGGUCAAUGAAAUAAGGAACAGGGGCCGGUUACAUGGGGAUUUGUAUCCAGCUUCAAGCUACAGAAGUCUUGAAAAAGCUGAUGGAGAAGAAAAUGUUUCAUCCUUUGGUAAGACUCGGACCAAGGACAAGUACCGCGUGGUCUACACAGACCACCAGCGCCUGGAGCUGGAAAAGGAGUUUCACUACAGCCGGUACAUCACCAUCCGGCGCAAGUCGGAGUUGGCUGCUAACUUGGGGCUCACUGAGCGGCAGGUAAAGAUCUGGUUCCAGAACCGUCGGGCCAAGGAGCGCAAGGUGAACAAGAAGAAGCAGCAGCAGCAGCAGCAGCAGCAGCAGCAGCAGCAGCAGUCGCUGCCUCCUACACAGCUGCCCCUGCCCCUGGAUGGCACCCCUGCCCCAUCAGGGCCACCCCUGGGUAGUCUAUGCCCCACCAAUGCAGGCCUUCUGGGUACCCCCUCUCCAGUGCCUGUCAAGGAGGAGUUUCUACCAUAGCCCCUUCCAGCCUGGGGCCCAGGCAUCUAGGGACUUGAAUGUUGGGUAUCUGGCUUUGCUGGGGCCCAAGGAGCCUGUUCUGAGUUCUAGCCCUGCUGCCGACCUUUGGGAUCACUGUGGACAAAUUGCCUACCUGGGACAAGUAGCCUGCCCACUCUCUGCCUCCCUUAAGCUGGGCUGUGUGAGGAGCCUGUUGGAUAAGGAUCUCUUAAAGUUCUUGUGAUCUAGGCCAUGGGGGUAAUGGGGAGCCUUAGUGAGAGGUUUUAACCACCUGGAGAUAUUGCAAGAUCUAGAGGACUCAACCAGCAUAUAAGACAAGGUUGAGGCUCUACCUCCUCCUCCAAGGGCUCCAGGGUGAGGUGGAAGGCUGCUACAUGGACCAGACUGGCCCUGGAGAGAAGAGACAGUGUUGAGAGAAAGUGGUACACAGGAGUCUAAACUCCCAUGUGAGGUACAGGAUGAUAUCUGUCCCACCUGUCUCCUCAUGCAGCCUCACCUCCACCUGCCCUAGCACCCCAUGCUCUGCCCUCCCCUAGCCUGGAGGUGGCCACAAAGUUGCCAGGACUGGGUAGGAGCUAGAGGCUGGGCAAUUGGUCAUUACUCUUGAAACAGAACUUGCUCCUCCCUGGCACUCCAGGGAGGCUUAUGGAUGGAAGGAAAGCCUCCCAGGGUAGACUCAGAGCCCACAUACCUGUUCAUGCCCACCUCCCCACAGGCUGUCUAUCAUACCUAGGAGCCCCCAGACCACGGGGAACUCCCAGCUGGACAGGGAUUAAGCGGAGUGGAAUCUCUUGGAUGCAGCUUCAGGAAUAAGUUUUCCCCCUUUAAACAAUUUAUUAAAAAAAAAAAUCAUACAUAGCAUUAAAGGAAUUUUUUAAAAAGUUUAA